AUGCUGAACAUCAUGGUUCCCUCACUUCUCAUACCUUACAGCCACGCCCACCUAGCUGUCCGACAAGAGCCACAAAUCCAGAUCAACGACGCCAUUCAAUCAUUACCAACAUGGACACCUCCAUCUCAAACCGUUCGCCAAUUUUGGAUGAAAGAGGCACUUUCAGCCCUCACAGCUCUCACAUCCUCACCUUGUCCCCAUGAGCCCUUUGGCACAGUCAUAGUCAAUCAUACCUCCCCAAAUCCAUCCGAUAUAGGUGAUGUAAUCUGCAUCGGAGCCAACAACAUUGGAUCAGGAAAUCCCACUCUCCAUGGUGAAAUUGCUGCAAUCAACAAUUGCUCCGCGGUCUUGACAGAUCCGGAUGGUCACUGGAAGCUCACACCCUCGGAACUUUCAAAGGCAUGGAGUCAGUUCACGCUAUAUACGACUGCAGAGCCUUGUCCCAUGUGUGCGAGUGCUAUUCGCUGGGCAGGAUUCAGGGAGUGUGUCUACGGGACUAGUUCGGCGAUGUUGAUCAAGUUGGGUUGGCCUGUGAUUGACAUCUCGGCAAAGGAGGUAUUCGAGCGAAGUCGUCGUCUGGGGUUGAAGACGGCACUGUUGAGUGUGGGUGCGAAUGAGACUGAUCCGUAUCUUUCGUGGCAGUACCGCGACGGUGCGAGCUGUCCGGUUGGCUGCCAUGGAAGCGGUCGUGCUGGCCGUUGUCUGCCGGAUAAGGAGUGA